AUGAUCACUGAAUUAGUAAGUCCACCAUCAGAUACAAUAAGUGACGCUUCUUAUAAAAACAACAUUCUAAUUAUAUCAUCAUGGGAUAAAAGUUUACAAUUUUAUAAUACAAAAGAAAAUAAGCUGUUAAAAAAAAUAAUAACAAACACACCAAUACUUAGUCACACAUGCAUUAAUGAUAAAAUUAUUUAUGGGGGAUUAGAUGAAAUUCUAUAUUCAUACGAUUUUAAUAAAGACAUUAUUGUAAAGUUGUAUAGACAUAAAAAUGUUAUUAAUAAUAUAUGCUAUCAAAAAUCUUCAAAUUUUCUAUGUGUGUCUGACUGGAAUAAAGGUUUGAAUAUAUUUGAUGAUAGAACUAAAAAUGGUUUAAUUUGUGAAAUCUCUACUUUUGGUUUAAUAUGUUCAAUGGAUAUAAACGAAACAAAAUUAUUAGCAUGUGAUAGUCUAAAAAGAACAUAUAUAUUUGAUACACAGAAAGGAAUAGACAGUUUUCAUAAUCCAUAUUAUAAAGACAACAUAUUACGCUAUCAAUUUAGAUGUAUAAAAGCCUUUCCUAAUCAAAAAGGAUUUGUUGUAUCAUCAAUAGAAGGAAGGGUUGCUUGGGAACUUUUUGAUAACAAUCCAUCUGUUCAAUCAAAAAAUUAUUCAUUUAGAUGUCAUAGAAUAAAAACAGAUGAAUCAGAAGUUGCAUAUCCAAUUAAUACAAUUGAUUUUCAUCCAAUAUAUGGAGCAUUUUGUACAGGAGGUUCUGACGGGAUUAUGUGUGUAUGGGAUGGUUAUAACAGGAAAAGAAUAUGGAGAACUCAGAAUUUUAAAAAUGAAAUUACAAAAGUAAAAUUCAACAAUGAAGGUGAUGAAAUUUGUAUUUGUGUUUCAUCUUAUUUAAAAAAUUCAAAUAAUCCAAACGAUAAAAUGAAUUCAGUAAUUAUUCGUAAAGUAACUGAUAAAGAUGUUAAGCCAAGUUAA